ACCUGAAACUUCUAGCGUCGCAAUGAUCACUAUAACUUACCCCGCCAUGCCGGUGAAUACCCGUUCGAAAUCCGUCUUGAGCUCUUUUACUAUUCUCUAUCACUUCACUAUAUAGCUACGUAUUAAUCGAGGCUCCAUCAAAAAAUACUCAUUAUUCCUCAACAAACUUGCGACUGGAAUUAGCUCCCAAUCAUGUCUGCGACUCAAACCCCUCUCAAGAUUGGAUACGUCCCUGAGCACUUCUCUACCCCUCUUCACUUUGCGCAAAAGCAUUUCGGUCUAGAAGCCGAAUUGAUGCCAUUCCCAUCUGGCACUGGGCAUAUGAUUACAUCUAUACGUUCGGGAGAAAUCGAUGUAGGUAUUGGUCUCACUGAAGGCUGGGUAGCUGGAUUGGGGAAAUCUGAUGUGGAAGGAGAUGGAGGAUAUAGAAUUGUCGGGACAUAUGUUGAAACGCCAUUGUGCUGGGCGAUCUCGACCGGCGCAAACAGACCAUUGAAUAGCAUCGCACAUCUGAAGAACGGCAAGAUUGGAGUCUCAAGAAUCGGGAGCGGGAGCUAUGUGAUGGGAUUUGUUCUUGCAGAUGAGCAAGGUUGGCUCAACGAAAGUCAAUCGUCAGAGGAACCAUUCGAGGUCGUUCCUUUACAAACGUUCGAGAAACUGCGCAACGGUGUGAACGAUAGCACAGUGGAUUUCUUCAUGUGGGAACAUUUUACCUCCAAACGAUACUACGACAAUGGAGAGAUCAAGCGUAUCGGGGAAAUAUAUACACCAUGGAGCAGCUGGAAAAUUGUUGCCAGCACAAAAGUCCUUCAAAGCACAGAAGAUAAGAGGUUGGACGAUUUGUUUGAGAAAAUCGACAAGGGAGUUAGAUAUUUCGAGAAGAACCAGGCUGAGGCUGUGAAAUAUAUCAGCACUUCGUUGGAUUACAGCGAGGAGGAUGCAAAUGAAUGGUUGAAGACGGUCAGAUUUGCAAGUGCCACAAAGAACGUAGAUUUAGCGGUUAUCCAGAAGACUGUGGCUACUUUGCAGAAGGCCAAAGUGCUAGGAGAUGAUGGCAUGUCAGCAGAACAGAUGAUUGCUCAAUAAACUUGAGCAUAGAUUGUUUGGGGAUUUGUUUCUAGUAAAGAAAUGAGUUAAUGGUUAUCACUACUACCCAUCACCAAAAUCACAUUGCUGCAAGGUUAUAGGACGACAGCUAUGUAAUGAACUUGUGUCUCCUUACAAGCUGUCAUACUUUCACUUACCAUCUUUUAUCUUUAUAAGCUGCGCCACUUGGGAAAGUGCUGAGAAUGCUAUGCAAGACUCAAGAACAUCUGUUUUACUUGUCUAAGCUCGAC